UCAGAAGACAACACAAAAAAGAAACACUUCUGAAAAACGUGAACAACAUCCCCUAAUGCUGACAGUUUGUGCAGAAAGUGUUAUUUUUUCAAAAAUGGUAUUUCUCUGCAUUCCGUAAGUUUGGAUGGAAUUUAUCAGCUUUGAAAACGUAUGCCGUUGUUGUUUGACCAACGUUGGAGAUUUUUCACCAAUUUUCGAAAUCUACAAUGAUUACCAUCUGCCGAAGGUGAUUAAUGCUUGUACCGGAUUGUCGAUUCACCAAGGCGACGGACUGCCGAAUGUGAUAUGCCAGACGUGUUUACAAAAAUUGGUGACCGCAUAUGAAACUCGACGGCUUUUUAUUCGUUCGAAUGGCCAGCUGAGGGAGCAGCUUAGUCGUUUGAAACAAUCGGAGCAGGAGAUACUGAUAGAACUCAGUACAACUGCCGAAAAAUGCGCAGCGGUUUCAAAUGAGACUGUUAACUUAUUAUCAUCGGUGGAGAAUAUCCUGGAAGAGGGGCCAAUUACAACUUGGGAUAACGAAAUAAAUUUGCACAUUGAGCAGUUGCAAGAUGGAACCAACGAGCUGGCAGCAAAUGUUGAGGACUGCUUAGAUGAGCUUGUAAUUGAAAAGUAUGAAAACUUGGAGAAGGGCGGUUAUAGUUUUCCUGUUGUCGAGCCCACUGUAGAAGAUGUGGUAUGUAAAAAAGAGGUGCUUGAUGCAGAAACGUUUGACUACAGUACGCAGCCCAUAGAAGAAAAUGAACAAUGCCCAGAAACAGAUUUUCCACUUUUCUCAAAUUACAGUGAAAGCUUGGUGGAAUCUGAUGACCAGGAAGAAAACAAUAUUGAAACAGAAACAAAGGAAAUUCCUCAAGACUGUUCGGUGUGUGGCAAAACCUAUCGCAAUGCUCGUCUAUUGCAAAGGCAUAUUCAAUAUCAUAAUGCUAACAAAAGCGAUUGCCCAAUUUGUUCUAAAAGCUUCACUCACACGAGUAAUCUCAAGCGUCAUCUCAAGUCGCAUAAAUCGCCUAAGGAGGGAUUUAUUUGUUCAAUAUGUUCACGAAAGUUUGACAAAGGAGUUCAACUGUACGACCACUUAAAGCUUCACAAACGGUCCACUGACGAGUCAAAGUCCUACACAAUGCAUUGUGACAGUUGCGAAAUGAAAACGACCUCCUUUGCGGGUUUCGUUGCUCAUAUGUUGCAAGAACAUGGUGUGCCAAAAGAGCUAGUGAGAGCAUUCUGUUGUCACAUUUGUGCUCUGCGUUUCGUUUCAAAACAGGGAAUGCUUAGACAUAUACAGAGUGUACACGAGAAUCGAAAACCCGUUCAGAAGUUUACCGCGAAAAGGUUUCUUUGUACUGAAUGCGGCAAAUGUUUCCAGCGAAUGCGUCAUUUAGAAGCGCACGCUAACUCGCACAUUGGCAUUAAAUUGUUUGUUUGCAAGUGUGGCCUAUCGUUCGCACAGCAAUCGGGAUUGAAUAUUCACAUCCGCUCGAAACAUGAAAAUCGAAAGUGUUAUGAGUGUAAAAUCUGUCACAAGUCUUUUGCUCAAUCUACACAUUUAAAACACCACGAGCUAAUCCACAGCAAUCGCAAGGAGCACGAAUGCACGGUCUGCCAACAUCGGUUUCGAGUUAAGAGUAAUCUGGUGGCCCACAUGCGGAUUCACCGGAGAUACCCAUACUGUUGUAGUGAUUGUAGUCGGGAGUUUAUGCAGCGUGUCAACCUGGAACAACAUAUGAUCGAUGAACACGGAGCAUAAUAGGUAGGUUGAAUGCCAAAGAUUAGGAAAAAUAUUUCAAGAUUCUCGCAACUGUACUCUUUCUACCAAAAAUUCUUAUUAGUUUGACAUAUCCACUGAAUGUUAGAACCAGUGUGGAUACUUUUCUAGUGUUUUGUGCCGUUUUUAGAUUAUAUACUUGUGUAACUGA